AUGACGAACAUCACAACCAUUGAUUGGAAUGAGAUGAAAGAGAAGAUCGCAGGUUUGAUAAGACUUUAUGUUUUUGAUGACGUGAUGAAUCAUAUCCUGGACCUUAAAACCUUGAAGAAUGUCUGGAAUAAAUUUGAAAAUCGCCCAGAGAUGCAAGAAGGAGGAAAUUUACAGGCUCAUGUCAAUGCUUUCAACAACAUCCUCGCUGAUUUGGCACAGCUUGAUGUGAAGGUUGACAAUGAGAAUAAAGUCGUUAUUUUGUUGUGCUCUUUACUAGACUCCUAUGAUCAUUGGGAGACCACUCUCACAUACGGGAAGGAAACAAUCAUGCUGAAUUCUAUUUCUUCUACUUCUUUGUAA